AUGGAUCGGCGGCCGCAGGGGCUCGUCACGCGGGUCCUCGACGGAAUCAACAGAGAAGCCAUGGGGGCAUUGAGAAUUCUGUGGGGGGCGCUCCGGAUCUCCCUCAGGAACUGGAACCUCUCCCUGCCCAUCAUCGCCGCCGUUCUGCUUCUCUCGUCUCUCCUCUCCCUCUCCCAGCUCCUCCUCUUCGACGCCCCUUCUCUUCUGCAGGUACCGCCCCCUUUUCAGGUGGCCGGAGGAGUCCUCAGGUGGCCGCUGCCGGCGUCCUACUCCAAUUUCCCGGCGUGGAACAACGUCCUGGUGUUCGCAGAUUUCGGCUUCCUGGUGGCCCGCUGGAGCUUGGAUCUCUUCUCGGUGACGGCGACCGUCUUCGCAGCGUCGGCGGCACACAGAGAGGAGCGCCCCUUCCUGAGGGAUCUACACCGGCGGAUCAGGAGGGAGUGGAGAGGCCCCGUGGUCACCCAGCUCUGCGUGGUGAUUCUCCGAACUGGUUACCGGGGUCUCGCGGAGCUCUUCGCCGACGCGCUGCUCCCCGUGGCCGCCGGCGCGACGGGGCUGCUGCUGGCGGCGCUGGGGGCACUGCUGGGCCUCGCCAGCGGCUUCCUCUACUACUUCCUGGACGUCGCUUGGGAGUCGAGUCUUGCCGCCGCCGCCGUCGAUAGCUGCGCCGGGUUUCGCGCGCUGGGUCUGGCGGGGGAGAUGACGGAGGGGCGGCGCCUCCGGGGGAUGAUCCUGGUUCUUAUUAACCAGGCAAUGACCGAUGCCGCCUCACUGUUCGCCGAUCCCGCCGCGGGCUUGAUCGCGCCGGGAGCAGCCAGACUGUCGCUCGAGCUCGUCUUCGGGAACGUAGUGGAGCUCCUUCGCUUGCUCAGACUGGUGGCGUUCACCGUCCUCUACUGCGACUACAGGAGGAGGAGCCGGCCGGAGGAGGGAGACGACCGGGGUCAGUACUCAAGGUUGACCGGUUCUCCUCAGCGUUGA